CUCUGGCGCUUCUGUCGACUGGCAACCGCGUUGUCAUGACCUGCACGAUGCAACGCGUGCCUUCGUCACGACGCUCGCAGCACAUCCACAGGCAGCGGCAAUGCUUGCACCGGCUCUGCGAUCAGCAGUGCAGGUUCUUCCGAGCAGCGCACGUGAGCUGGGGCGAAUACUGUUCACCAGCGGCCUCCUCGUUGGCGACAACAUCUGCCCUGUCCUCGCGCUUGCACUCCGACACCUGACAGGCAGCAAUAGCCCUGACGCCAGCAGCUCCAAAGGCUCGCCUCAGCAACCUCCACAGGCUGGUGCCAGAGAGAGGGAACGCGAAGAUGAUCCAGGGGCAUGCACGACAACGACAAGGACGCUCCUUGCAGCAGCAGUGCGAUGGGUGCUUGAGCGCGAUGCUUGGUUUCUGCGCAUCCGCCGACAAGUGACAGCACCGUGCUCCACCUGCCCUGUUGACCUGAGCACGCUGCCGGUCUGGUCCGCUCGCAAUCCAUUGCACUUGCUGAGCGCAGUGGUGAGACAUGCGCUGCAGCACAUUGACAAGAGCGACGGGGAAGCGAGAGUAGCGGCACCACACUUCACAGCCGCUGCUUGGUUUAUCAGCCUCCGUUCAUACGCUUUUCGACUCGGCCGUCGUCAAGCCUUAGGCGUGUUGAAUGGCGGCCCUGCCCUGCCUGCUGCCAGGGAGGAAGACGGGAACGCCGUAACCUCUGAGGUUGACGCAUUGGAACAGGUCUUUGAAUUGUGGCCUGAGGUGUUGUCGCUUGAAGAGGAAGAGACUGAAGCACAGCAAAGCCGGUGCAUGUCACAGCAGCAACCACACUGGUUCGUGCACCUGAGUGAAGCGGCUCGCGUCGACGACACCCUUCGCAAGGCGGCAGAAGAGGUUGAAGUACAAGUCGGACAACAGCUGGUUGCAUCGCAUCCGCACGGCUUGGGCGUGUUCUUCGACGAGCAGCGUGAGCCGGUCGCCAUCACCCUGGCCGUGACAGACAACAGCUGUGAGCAUGCGCAUGCCGUUCCAGCCUUCAUCAACGGGGUUCCUGUGCAAGUGUGGAAGGGCGCACCAAGUUUCCCCCAAGUCUCACGGCCGCCCGUGCCCGACAGAGGCGUUCCCGCCAUCGUGGCUGCCCCGAUGUGCAGAGAGCUGCAGCUGUACUCGAAGGUGUACCUGCAGCGCCACCCUGACGUUGUUGCGCUGAGUGGCGGCUACCGACAUCGUCGUGGCAUCGUGUUCGUGGACGAGCCGUGCGUGAUUGCUUAUGUGCGAUCGAAACAGCAAGCGCUGCCGUCUGUGUGCUGCGUUGAUGCUUGCUUUGGCAGCUUCCCCGUGGACGUUGAGCAAGCGCCGUCCCGCCACGAGGCAGAGCUUGUGCGCAACGAGCCACCGGACCCAUUCUACACCACCGACUCCCAUUUGGCGUUCGGCAGUGGUCGUGACACGUCUGUGCUGCGUGUGGGCGACACCAUCCACGCACAUUCAAGGCCGGAGGCUUUCGGAACGCUGGGAUGCUUUGUUGCACGUCAAGGCGACCAAGGCCAGCGCGUGUGCGGCGUGACAGCAGGACAUGUGCUUCCCAAAGCGGAGGAAGAUGUACGCUUGCGGCUUCCAGCUUGUACAACCAACAUCCCGCCGGUUGGUCGCACAUGCCUCACAACCUAUGAGGGGAGCGCUCGGCCGGAGCUAUCCGACGAUGAUCUUGCAUUGUUUGAGCUGGCUGAGGACGUCACAGCGGACUUUUCUGCCAUUGGAACGGACAUGGACUGGGAACACAUGCGCCACGAACGCGUGUCGCUCACUGGGUCGGUGUCAAAGUACGUUGGACCUUCGCCUGAGGACAGUCGUGUUGACGCAAGAACGUUGUCCGUGAGCGACACCGUACCAUCGUCUGAGCCAUUGGUGUUCAAGUUUGGCCACACGACGCGGCUGACGGCGGGUGUGCUUGCCGCUGUACCGCUGUUCAUGCGAGAAGAGCGGGUGCGCAUCCGCAUUCGGCCGUGGCAGGGAUGUGAAGCAUUUGCACAACGUGGCGACUCUGGUGCUGUCGUGUUUGACGACAAGGGCGGUGUGGUUGGCGUGUUGGUGCAGGCAUGGCAACACCAGAACUUCUGCGUGGUCAUCCCCAUAUCAGAAGUCCAGCACCGUCUUGGCGUUCAACUGCUCGGGGCGGAGGCGGGCUGACGAGGAUGGGAGCAUGGGUUGCGGGAUGUUUGAUGUGUGCGGGAUGUUUGGUGUGUGCGUGCGUGCGCGUGUGUUGUCUCCUGGUUGCCUUGAUUGCACUGCCACUGAA